UCUGUUCUCAUCUCUGGUCAAAAAUCGAUUGAGAUAAAUACCAAACACGAGUGCCCUAUAUGUCGCGCGCCUGUGGCCGAUGACCAUGGCCUAUUGCUGCCAAUGCCUAACCUCGAGGUGACCACAAUUAUUAAUAGUUUGCCCAUUCAUUGCGACAAUAGUACCAUUGGAUGCGAACAAGUGUUAACAUUGGACACAAUAGCGGAGCAUCUCAUGUGCCCGACGUGCGGUCCGUUUACUGGACUAACAAUCGUUGAGCACAACUGCGCGCAAGCGUUGAUAGCAUUGGUCACCAAAACGAAUGUCAAGUGCCAGACAGUGGCCGCAGAACGCGAUUCGUGGCGAUUGAAGGCUGAAAAGUUGGACACACGGGUGGGACCGAUACGGGCGGCGGCAACAGAGGUGGGCAACGCGGCCGUAGAAGUGACGGCCAAUCGUAGCCAGUGGUUGGGCGAAGAAAACAUUCUUAUCGAUAACUUCAGCACAAGACUGGGCGCCGUUGAGUUGACUGAUGUGGCCAUGGAGUUGGGUUGGGUUCGGCCGCGCACUGGACCUCUUGUCCAAAUAAGUUUGCGUUUCUCUGCAUUUCAAAAGCUAAUCCAACGCAUCCAUUAUCUCGUCGACCGGCGCCGACACUCACUUACUAUUGAAACGUUGGCCGCUAUGCAGGGCUUUGAUGCGUUAAACCCGGCGAAUGAGACCGAGUGUCGGCAACUGGUGACCGAUGCGGCUGUUCGGGCGCCCGUUGGCGGCAUAUUUUGUUUGCCUCCAACUCCGGAGUCUAAAACCUCGGCCACUGUCCGCCACUUGGACUCCAUGUCCCCCGAAUUGUGUCCACAAUUGCGGUAUUUUGUGGCCUUUUUGACAGCCGACAGAGAAAUCAGUUCCGAGAGAGUCUGCGAACGGAGACGUGCGGACAGUUUGCCCGCUCUGGCCAUUCAGUGGUCGGCGGCCGACGAUCCCAAACAGAUCCGCUCGUGUUUGGAGGUAUUAAACCACUUCUUGCGCGUCACCGAUGAGACAGUACUCAGCGUUGCGCUCAAACCUCCGGAGCCAAUGGGAACCGCCCCCUCCGCCGAUGGCCAGACAUUGGCCGCUACGGCACCGGCCGGUGAUGAUAGGGAUGUGGUGUCGGUUAUCGCCGAUAUUUUAGGUGUUAAGGAUGUGUCCAAAAUGAACGCCUCGUCUAAACUGCCGGAUCUGGGAAUGGAUUCACUAAUGGUUGUGACCGUCAAACAGGCUCUGGAGGACCGGUUC